AUGAGGGCUUUCUAUUGUGUCAAUGCAGGUUUGCCUCUGAGGAUGGUGAAUUGAAGUGACCGGUGUCAGGGUCGUGUGGAGGUCCUGCACCAAGGCUACUGGGGCACCGUGUGUGGUGACGACUGGGACAUGCAGAACGCAGAUGUUGUUUGUCGGCAGCUCGGCUGUGGCCUUGCAGUGUCGGCACCAGGCGGGGCCCACUUUGGUCAGGACUCGGGGAACAUUCUCUUGGGCUUUGUAUACUGCUCAGGAUGGGAGCCCUACCUGUCAAGCUGCUCCCACAGCAGGUGGUACAAAUACCAAUGUGGCCACAGGGAAGAAUCCAGAGUCAUGUGCUCAGGAACUGAGUCAGAUUUGAAACUGAGCCUGGUGAAUGGAGGUGACUGUUGUCAAGGCCAUGUGGAGGUCUUGUACUCAUGGGGCACCAUGUGUGAUGACAGCUGGGACUCCAACGAUGCCAAUGUGGUCUGUAGGCAGUUGGGCUGUGGCUGGGCCAUGUCAGCCCCAGGAAGUGCCCAGUUUGGUCAAGGCUCAGGAUCAAAUCUGCUGGACAACGUGCGCUGCUCUGGGCAUGAGUCCUGCCUGUGGAGCUGCCCUCACAAUGGCUAGAAUUCCCACAACUAGAGCCAUGGAGAAGAUGCUGGUGUCUCCACAAUCCAGCCAGACACCACGUGGUUGACCACCACCGCAGCUUCAACCACAGAUUUCGGGACUGAUUCAGGAUUGGCCCUGAGGCUGGUGAACGGAGGUGACCGUUGUCAGGGUCGUGUGGAAGUCCUGUAUCGAGGCUCCUGGGGCACCGUGUGUGAUGACGACUGGGACACCAAUGAUGCCAAUGUGGUCUGUAGGCAGCUUGAGUGUGGCUGGGCCAUGUCAGCCCCCGGAAGUGCCCGGUUUGGUCAAGGCUCAGGGCCAAUUGUCCUAGACAAUGUGCGCUGCUCUGGGCAUGAGGCCUACCUGUGGAGCUGCCCUCACAACGGCUGGAACUCACACAACUGUGGCCAUGGAGAAGAUGCUGGUGUCGUCUGCUCAGCUGCUCGGCCUCAGUCCACAAUCCAGCCAGCUUUCUUGCCCUAUACAGACACCACCUGGUUCACGACCACCACAGCUUCAACCACAGAAUUCGGGACUGAUUCAGGUUUGGCCCUGAGGCUGGUGAACGGAGGUGACCGUUGUCAGGGCCGCGUGGAGGUCCUGUACCGAGGCUCUUGGGGCACCGUGUGUGACGACAGCUGGGACACCAAUGACGCCAACGUGGUGUGCAGGCAGCUGGGCUGCGGUGCCACGUCGGCCCCCGGAAGUGCCCGGUUUGGUCAAGGCUCAGGGCCCAUUGUGCUGGAUGACGUGCGCUGCUCCGGGCAUGAGGCCUACCUGUGGCGCUGCCCUCACAACGGCUGGAACUCGCACAACUGUGGCCACAGAGAAGAUGCUGGUGUCGUCUGCUCAGGUCCCUCCUCUUCUGACUGGCUCGCUGUGCAGCUCGUGGAAGGCUCUGGCAGGUGUUCGGGUCGUGUCGAGGUGUACUUUGAAGGCAUAUGGCACACCGUGUGUGACGACUUUUGGGACAAGAAGGAAGCACAGGUGGUGUGUCGGCAGCUGGGCUGUGGGACAGCCGUCUCCGCCCCGGGAGAGGCCCACUAUGGCCAGGGCUCAGGCGCCAUCCUUCUGGACGAUGUGCAGUGCUCGGGGACUGAGGCCAAUCUGGGGCAGUGCUCCCACGCCGGCUGGUUCACCCACAACUGUGAGCAUGGGGAAGACGCCGGUGUCACCUGCUUGGACUGGCCACAAUUGCAACUGGUGAAUGGCUCAGGCAGAUGUUCUGGACGUGUGGAGGUUUUCUACCAUGGCCACUGGGGCAGGGUUUGCGAUGACCGCUGGGACAUGAAUGAAGCUGAUGUGGUGUGUCGGCAGCUGAACUGUGGCCAUGCCCUCGCAGCCCCUGUGAAGGCUCAGUUUGGCGAAGGAGAGGGCAAGUUUCUGCUGGAUGAUGUGGACUGUACAGGAAGAGAGAGUUUCCUGGGACAGUGUCCCCAUUCCGACUGGUCCGUCCAUAACUGUGGUCCUGGAGAAGAUGCCAGUGUCGUCUGCUCAGGAGACUGGCCCACACUGAGGCUGGUAAAUGGCCCCGGGAGAUGCUCUGGACGGGUGGAAGUUUUCUACCAGGGCACCUGGGGGUCCAUGUGCAGUGAUGGCUGGGAUCUGAAGGAGGCGCAUGUCGUGUGCAGGCAGCUUGGGUGUGGCCAGGCGGUGUCUGCCCCCUUGGGCGCCCAUUUUGGUCCACGCUCUGGAAAGAUUCUCCUGGACAAUGUGCACUGCAAUGGUGAGGAGAGCCACCUGGCCUUGUGCGUCCACAAUGCCUGGUUCACUCACAAGUGCAGUCAGGAGGAGGAUGUUGGAGCCAUCUGCUCAGUUGAAAGCGUCUCAGAGACCUCACUGAUCAUAGCCCCUGAAGACUUCACACCUCCACCCGCAGGGGCCUGGAUGGCUGUGAGGCUGGUGAACAGCACAGGCAGGUGCUCAGGCCGGGUGGAGGUUCUCAUCCAGGGCACGUGGGGAACCGUGUGUGAUGACCUCUGGGACCUGGCCGAGGCCACAGUGGUAUGCCGCCAGCUGCAGUGUGGCCGGGCCAUGGCGGCCCCCACAGGGGCCCAUUUUGGGGCAGGCUCCGGGAAGAUCCUGCUGGACAACGUGCAGUGUGCAGGCGCUGAGAGCCACCUGGGGCAGUGCAUGCACAGGGGUGAGGCCGGGCUCAACUGCGGGCACCUGGAGGACGCUGGUGUUGUCUGCACAGGAGACUGGAUGGCCGUGAGACUGGUGAACGGCACAGGGAGGUGCUCAGGCCGAGUGGAGGUUCUCAUCCAGGGCACAUGGGGAACCGUAUGUGGUGACCUCUGGGACCUGGCUGAGGCCACAGUGGUGUGUCACCAGCUGCAGUGUGGCCAGGCUGUGGCAGCCCCCACAGGGGCCCACUUUGGGGCAGGCUCUGGGAAGAUCCUGCUGGACGACGUGCAGUGUGCCGGCGCUGAGAGCCACCUGGGGCAGUGCAUGCACAAGGGUGAGGCCAGGCUCAACUGCGGGCACCUGGAGGACGCCAGCGUUAUCUGCGCAGCCUAUGAGAACCUGCUUCCCACCUCAUCGGUGAUAUCAGCAGCUCAACACCCACCUUCUUCUGCACCUCCAGGAGGCAGGGCUCCCGUGCGGCUGAUAGGUGGCCAUGGGAGGUGCGCAGGCCGUGUGGAACUCUUCUACCAGGGAGUCUGGGGGACUGUGUGUGAUGACCUCUGGGACCUGCCAGAAGCAAACAUCAUCUGCAGGCAGCUGGGGUGUGGCUGGGCCGUGUCAGCCCCGGGUGAGGCCCACUUUGGGGAAGGUUCUGGGAAGAUCCUCCUUGACAACGUGCACUGCAGGGGAGAUGAGCCGCGCCUGGAGGAGUGCUCCCACAUCGGCUGGUUUUCCCACAACUGUGGGCACGGAGAAGAUGCCGGCGUGAUCUGUUCAGAUCGCCCACUGGCUGUCAUAGCAGGACCAAUGGCCACAGAUUGCACCAAUGAAUAUUUUGAAAUCCUGGACGGCCCUCCAUCCUCAACAAAGUCCCUGGGGAAAACCUGCUCUGGGUCCUACCUCACCUACGCAUCCUCCUCCAGCUCAAUGACCCUCGUGUACUUCCGAAGCUUCAACAACAUAGGGAAAAACUUCGUUGCUUAUUAUUACUCUGCACCCAAAGGGGACUGGCCAGAGCUAAGGCUGGUGGGCGGCUCGGGACACUGCUCAGGACGCGUAGAGGUCCUCCACCGGGGGGCCUGGGGCACCGUGUGUGAUGACCUCUGGGACCUGAACGAAGCCGAGGUCGAGUGCCAACAGCUGGGGUGUGGACAGGCCGUGUCCGCCCUGGGGAAGGCCCACUUCGGCCCGGGCUCUGGAAACAUCUUCCUGGACAACCUGCAGUGUUCCGGGGUAGAGCGCUACCUGGGCCAGUGUGCCCACUCGGGCUGGUCGGAGCACAACUGUGGCCACCACGAAGAUGCCGGCGUCAUCUGCUCAGGGAGCCCCUCCCCUCUCAGGGACUGGCCAGAGCUAAGGCUGGUGGGCGGCUCGGGACGUUGCUCAGGACGCGUGGAGGUCCUCCACCGGGGGGCCUGGGGCACCGUGUGUGAUGACCUCUGGGACCUGAACGAAGCCGAGGUCGUGUGCCGACAGCUGGGGUGCGGACAGGCCGUGUCCGCCCUGGAGAAGGCCCACUUCGGCCCGGGCUCUGGAAACAUCUUCCUGGACAACCUGCAGUGUUCCGGGGUAGAGCGCUACCUGGGCCAGUGUGUCCACUCGGGCUGGUCGGAGCACAACUGUGGCCACCACGAGGACGCCAGCGUCAUCUGCUCAGAUGCAGAAGAACUGCCUCCCCCCACACCUCCAGGUCUUUCCACAGCUUCUCAGGAUCAUAUAACAGGAGGAAGUGACUCCUGUGGAGGGGUCUUGUCGAGUCUGUCCGGCUCCUUCUCCAGUCCACUGUACCCGGAAAGCUACCCGACAGACAUCCAGUGCGUCUGGGAGAUUCACGUGGACAAAAAAUUCCGCAUAGAACUCAUGAUUCCGACUUUGAACCUGGAGGAUAUCCUUGGAUGCCCCUACGACUCCAUUGAAAUCUUUGAUGGCCCCAGGAUUGCCUCACUGUCCAUGGGGAAGUUCUGUGCCUCGGUGGCUGUGAUAUUUUUCUCCUCCUCAGACAUCAUGACCGUGGUGUUCCGAAGUGAUUCUAUGAUCACCAACACUGGCUUUUAUGCUCUGUUCAAUGUAAUUCCACAGGGCGAAGGAAAAUCAGAAGAUGGACCCGAGCUGCGGCUGGUGGGCGGAUCUGGGCAGUGCUCCGGACGCGUGGAGGUCCUCCACCAGGGGAACUGGGGCACCAUAUGUGAUGACCUCUGGGACCUGAACGAAGCCCAGGUGGUGUGCCGACAGCUGGGGUGCGGACGGGCCAUUGCAGCCCCUGGGAAAGCUCACUUUGGCCCAGGCUCCGGAAACAUCCUCCUGGAUAACAUCCAGUGUUCGGGAAGCGAGAACCACCUUGGCCAGUGCGCCAGCUCUGGCUGGUCAGACCACAACUGUGGCCACCAUGAGGACGCAGGUGUCAUCUGCUCAGAAGGAAGUAACUCUUGUGGAGGACUAAUUUCAGGCCUCUUGGGCUCCUUCUCCAGUCCUUGGUAUCCAACGAACUACCCCACUGACAUGGAGUGCAUCUGGGUGAUACGUGUGGCUGAGAAGUUCCACAUAGAACUGGUGGUCCCAAGCCUGAAAUUAGAGGACAUCUAUGGGUGCCCUUAUGACUUUAUGGAAGUGUUCGAUGGACGGCAAGUUGCCUCACUCUCCAUGGGCAGAUUCUGUGCUGGGACAGAGCUCUCGUUCCUCUCCUCUUCAAACAUCAUGACUGUGGUGUUCAGAAGUGAUGCCAUGAUCACCAACACAGGGUUUUAUGCUCUGUACAACGCCAUUCAGCAAGAUGAAAGGGAGAACGGUGCAUCCCUGAGACUGGUGAACGGCAGCCACAGGUGUGAGGGCCGGGUGGAGGUCUUCUACAAUGGCACCUGGGGCACUCUGUGCGAUGACAGCUGGGACCUGACAGACGUCAGGGUGGUAUGCCAGCAGCUUGGCUGUGGUGAGGCCUUAUCAGCCCCAGCUCAGAGCUACUUUGAUGGAGGCACUGGCCACAUCAUGCUAGACGACGUUCAGUGCACAGGGAACGAAGCCAAGGUGUGGCAGUGCACACACAACGGGUGGUUCUCCCACAACUGUGGGCACCAUGAGGAUGCCAGUGCCAUCUGCUCAGAUGAAAACUUCCACUGUGGCGGUUUGCUCACAAAUAAUUCGGGCUCCUUCUCCAGCCCUUGGUAUCCUAAGAAAUACCCUAUAAAUGUGGUGUGUGCCUGGGUCAUCCACGUGGACGCCAGGGCUCAUGUCAAGCUCACAUUUGAAGUGGUGAAGUUGGAGAACUUCUACGGCUGUCCGUACGACUUCGUUGAAGUCUUUGACGGCCCGCAGAGUGAAUCUUUUUCUCUGGGGAGGUUCUGUUCUGGUACAACCCCAACAUUCACCUCCUCCUCAAAUCGCUUGACGGUGGUCUUCCACAGUGACGCAAUCAUCACCAACAUGGGCUUUUAUGCAUCCUAUGAGUCCAUUGUGCAAGACGAGAUCAAUACUGAUUUGGCCCUCAGGCUGGCCGGCGGCAGCCACCGGUGCGAGGGCCGCGUGGAGCUGCACUACAAUGGCACUUGGGGGACGGUGUGUGAUGACAGCUGGGACCUGCGUGACGCCCAGGUGGUGUGUGGGCAGCUGUCCUGUGGCAGGGCAGUGUCGGCCCCCAGCAGGGCACAUUUCCGCCAAGGCUUGGGCCCCAUUGCCCUGGACGACGUGAAGUGUAGGGGGACAGAAGCCAGGCUGUGGCAGUGCCUGCACCGUGGCUGGUUCUCCCACAACUGUGGCCACCACGAAGAUGCUGGCGUCGUCUGCUCAGCCUUGCCCUUCGAGCGGGAGGGGCAGCCAGGCACGACCGCUCUGUGCGCUCCCCGGAGCAUCCGCACAUCCGCCCCUGGUGCGACUGGCGGCUGGGAGGAGCAGGUGGUGAGCCGGCAGCUGGGCUGCAGGCCGGCCCUGGCGGUCCUGAGGGGCAGUCUGUUUGGUGGCAGCUUGGGCCCCAUCCUCCUAGACACUGUGCAAUACCUGCCCCUGCGCCUGGCGGAUGGGCGCAGCCGCUGCGAGGGCCGGGUUGAGGUCCGCCACGAGGGCGUGUGGGGCACAGUGUGCGACGACCACUGGGACAUCAGGGAUGCUCGUGUCGUGUGCCGGCUGCUGGGUUGCGGCCGAGCUCUCGCAGCCCCAGGGCGCGGCCGCUUCGGCCCGGGCUCGGGCCCCAUCCUGCUGGACGACAUGCGCUGCUCGGGCACCGAAGACGCACUGGACCACUGCGGCCACUCCAGCUGGGCGCGGCACAACUGCCGGCACCAGGAGGACGCGGGCGUGAUCUGCGCAGCCCAGCUCUCCUGCCUGCCUCAUCUCUUCCGAGUCGCCAUUGACCGAGGCUAUCUCCGGAGGCUGGGCUACUCCUCUUGGGACAUCCACUUAAAUGAUGAGCUGUGCCGCCCCCAAGUCACCGGGCGCUACCUGAUCUUCAACAUCCCCUACGGUCGCUGUGGCACCGUCAGACAGACUGGGCCUGAGGCCUCCGGCUUCCUGCUCAUCGUCGAGCUGGCGCCGAGCAGGGCUGUGAGGGAGAGGCCUCUGCGCCUGCAGAAAGGCGUCUGUCAAGCCCUGGCCAGCAGCUCUCCCCUCUCGUCCUCCCAGGAAGGGCUCGGCUCCCUCAGCUACUCCAACUCCGUCAGAGGCCGAAUCCAGGGCCACCUCGGCCGAGUCUUCGUGAGGCAUAGGGUACCUCAGCUCAAGUUCACCUGCAGGGUGGAUGGCCUGUCUGCAGCUGAAGUCACUCCUGGGGCUCAGGUCCCCAGGGAGAACGCUGGCUAUGACGUGUCCAUAUCCUUCCUUGAGUUGCCCACGUCCCAGCAUGUGAGGAACCCGGGGCCACACUACGCCAGCCCGAAGAAAGCGGUCUUCCUUCAGGCCACACUCCACAGCCCCAACCCCACCCUGAGGCUCUUCGUGGAUACCUGCGUGGCUUCUCCAGAUCCCCAUGAUUUUACGACCAUCAAGUACGAUUUGAUCCGGCGAGGGUGCAUCAAAGACAAUACCUAUAUCAACCUGCACUCCCAACAGAAGAACACAGCCCAGUUCAAGUUCAACACCUUCAACUUUCUGAGCAACUAUGAUGUGGUCUACCUGCAGUGUGAGGUCGCUGUGUGCAAAGUGGGGGACCACUCCUCCCGCUGCUCCCAGGGCUGUGUAGAAUGGAGUAAGAGGGAUGCAGGCCGUGUGGUGACCCCAGAAGAACAGACUGAGCAUUUCCAAGUGGUGCUAUCAUCUCUGCGCAGUAACCGGGGCCUCCCCAACACCCCCAUGUCAAGUGGAGACCAGAACCAUUGUUCAGGCUGCCAGGAGUGUGGGUGGCUGAUGGCUCUCAGCCCCAAGACUCUGUGGGGAUUCCCUCAGCUCAAGGCAGCUGCCUUGGCCACGUUUGCAGCCUUCAACCAAUGGUUGGUGGAUAGAGGGCUCGAGGCUAGGCCCAUGCCCCAGGAACCCUUCGGCACACAAACCUCUCCACCAGAGGUUGUCUCCCAGGACCCAGCCCACGACGGUCAGUACCAGGCGUGGUCCGAGGAAGCAAAUUCAGAAACAGGACUUGGGGGCUGCCCGGGGGGACUCAUCACCAGCAGCAAGUGGUACAGAGGCAGCCCCUGA